AUGCCGCGAGUGAACUCGUCAGAACGUAGCCAGCGCAGGGAUUCAGCUCGGAGCGGCGGCCGGGCGCUAUUGAGCAUUGGCUUCAAUUCCAAGAGGGGUGCGAGGGAACUCGCGGGUGGGAGAAGUCGCUCGCGUCGCGCCGCGACUUCACUCGCCUCUCACCACCUUGACGUCCUUCGCUCCGGCGUCGCUUGUGGUGGACACUCAAGGGCUUGCUACGCAUUUGACCAUGAGCCGGCGGUGUACGUCUACACCCACAGCGCCCGCACCCACAACGCGACGCAGCGCAUCAAGCUCGACACGCUCCACCACACCAUCUGCCACGACCGCCUCGCGCACAUCACCAACUACGUCUUCGCGCAGGGAUACCUCCCCGCGCACGUCCGUUCGUGCGUGUACUGGGAGGCGCCGUACGGACGUAGGCUCGGCGAGGUCGCGCAUGUCGAGGAGCUGCUUGGUGCGGGCGAGGGAUGCAGCGAGGCCAAGGCGCUUCGUCUCGUCAUCGACGUUUGA